UCUGAGAGGCUGCAUGGCUCUCGUUGGCUGUGCGCUCCGAGGCGUCAUCAUCUGUCAUCCAGCAGGAGCGCCUCAUGCAUGCGUCCUUCCCCGAUCUCCUCCCAUUGUGGAAACAGCUGUAGACCGUGAACCGUGGAGUGCGGCUCUGACACGGAUUACCUGGAUACCGGCUCGGGAGUCUGGGUGGGCAUCAAGCAGCGAGAAAUAGAUAAGGAGCGUUUCUUUGAUUCUCAUAAAACACACAUAAAAGUUUCACAAAGUUUCUUUUUGAAUGGGACUAUCUCCUUGAACAUCAGCCAUGGCCAGCCGGCUUUUCCACUUGCUGCAUUUAUUUCUGAUUGUGGAGUUCAGCUCUUGUAAACUCGUCUCUGAGGAUCUUGGUGGAGCCGUGCGUCAAGGUGCUGAUGUCGCACCGGCGGUGGAUCAGCGCGUCUUUGCGCACGAGAGCGCGAACCGGGACAUGGUCUCCGUCAACAUGUUCAAAGUGUACGAGAAGUACAGCAAAGAGCCGCGGAGCCAGAAGGACGGAAACACCGUGAGAAGUUUUAAAGCUGUCCCGAGAGUCUCACAUGGCAAAGAAGUGUUCCAGUUCAACCUGUCCUCCAUCCCAGACUCAGAGCUCAUCCUCUUUGCAUCGUUUCACUUCCUCUACAAGCGGCCCCGCCACCACCAGCGACCGUGGCGUUUCCGAAGGCCCCGCCACCCUUCCGGCGGCCUCCAUCAUCCGCAUCCUUCCUCCCCACAGCUCCUCUUCCGUGGAUCAUCCCCAAACUCAGCUUUUGCAACACCGCUGGGAAACAUAACUCUGGCUCCUUUUAAGAAAGGCUCUUGGCAGUCGAGGGAUGUAACGGCAGUGGUGAAACAUGCCAAGGAUGUCAAAGCGCUCGUGGUAACAGUGGAGUUUGAUACAGAGUUUGGGGUGUCUCGGAUGCAGCAGAGGAACCCUCACGGACAAGAGCGCCUCUCACCAGCCAACCUGCCGUAUAUUCUGGUAUACGCUGACGACCGAGCAAUAGAUGAGCCAAACAGUGUGUCCAUGUCACUCCAGCGGUACGGGCCCUUCCCUGUAGGGGACGACGCAUCCUCCUCAGCCUCGAGGAUCCGGAGGGAGCUUCACCUCCAGAUCCAAACAAAUGACAUCCCCGAGGUCCAGUUCAACACCUUGAAGAACCACGAACUGUGGCAGAACACAUAUUUCCCAGCUAAAGCCAAAGCAGCAGUCAAACCGGGAAGGAAGCAGGGCCAGGAGAGCAGCGAAGGCCUGAACAAGCCACAGGUGCUGAGCUUCGAUGAGAGGACGAUGAAGAAGGCGAGGAGGAGACAGUGGAGCGAGCCCAGGGUUUGCUCCAGGAGGUACCUCAGGGUGGACUUCGCCGACAUCGGCUGGAGCGAGUGGGUUCUGGCGCCAAAGUCGUUCGAUGCUUACUACUGCGCCGGAACCUGUGGGUUCCCCAUCCCUAAAGUGGUGCGGCCCUCCAAUCACGCGACCAUCCAGAGCAUCGUCAGAGCUGUGGGAAUCGUCCCCGGCGUCCCUGAACCGUGCUGCGUUCCAGAGAAGAUGAGUCCUCUCAGCGUGCUUUUCCUCGACCCAAACAGGAAUAUGGUUCUCAAGGUUUACCCCGGCAUGUCUGUGGAUACGUGUGCCUGUCGGUAGGGCUGGAGCCACUGAUCCGUCAGAAGGACAUAACUAUAGAUUGAGGUUACAGCAGGAAGACACUUUUACUUUUCAGAUCGAAGGCCAGUCGUGGUCAGACACUGAAGGCAACUGAGACGGACUGGAACUAAAGUGAUAUGACUGUCAGGGCUGUUGUUCCAGAGUCUCCGCCUGAAUAACUUUUUCUCUGAGCUCUUGGACUUGUUUGGUGUCUACCGUGGCUUGACGUUGCCUUAACUUUUUCCUACUUAUCUAACAACUUCCAUUGUCUUUCUUCAUUGAUCCACCAUCACUUAUUUUUCCUUGCUCUUAAAGAAAUCUGUAUUUAUAAUUCUCUGUAUUGAUUAGCUGGAUGUUGGAUUCUACAGAGGUCCAGUAGGUACAUUUCUUUGAUUCUUAAUAAGCUUUCUCUGUCCGUUUUUCUCUUGUUUUACAUUUGGAAAGAUUUAUAAAAUGAUUUUUACCUGUUUUGUUUUUGAAACGGAUUUGAUUUGCUCUGGUCUCAGUCUUGAUCGGAUGAUCUGGGUUUCAACGAUUUUCUGAAACCUUCUGACAUCUGUAUCCUCUGCUGCUUGCCUCUGUCUUUCAAAUUCAGACAGAAGUUUGGACAAACUGAUGAACUGCACAUUGACUCACAGACUCAGAAGGGUUUUGGACACAGAGGUUGAAUGGCAGCUCAUUUACAUUCCACCAAUUAAACCAACCCUUGUUGUGUAAAUACUGCAGCUACUAACUCAAAACUAAAGGGUACUUGUUUCUAAGUGAUGUGUCACUCAUAGUGGGAGACAUUGAACGCCUCCCAUAUGUUAGCAAGAAAUGUUAUUCAUGCAUGAGAGGUAAUAUCGUCUUUGAAAUAUAUUUCAGUAGUCAUUUGUUGAUAUCUUGUAUAUAAUGUGUGUAUUUUGCCACUGAGAGUUUAAGUAACAGAACCACUGUGUUGCAUGUUUCUGCUACAGCAAAGGGAGAAAAAAAAAUGGUGCGUUGCUGCCACCUGCUGUGCAUUUUGGGAAAGUUGAAUGGACAUAAUUUCAAUUCAAAAAGUUUAAGUACUUUCUGUGUUUCCCCUUAAUACAUAAAUACUGUUUAUCCAAUUGUACAGUUUGUAAUAUAUACAGUAAUGAUGAAAGAUAGACAAAUGUAUCCAACCUAACUGACUGUAUGGCUAAAAGUGUAUUUGAAUAGUUUUAUGUGUGUUUUAACAAACAAACCACAGACAUAAUGUAUGCUUGGUAUGGAAAUAAACUAAAUUGUAUAUACAGCCAAAAAUAAAUAUUGGCUUUAUUAGGUUUUAUAAGUUUAUAAAGCUACACGUCUACAUUUGACAUAUACUGUAUCUUAGCAUAACAUACUGCAUAACAAUAUAAUAUAUAGUAAUAUAACAUCCACCAUACAUAUACAUUAGAUAUCAACACAUUAGAUUACAUAUAUUUUAUUUUAAGGCUGAUAUUUUGGUUUAUUGGUGUAUUGUGCUAAUCGUUUAUUAUUUUUUAUUAAAUAAUAGGUUUUUGGACAGUUAAAUGUAUCAAAUGCCAUGAUUAUGUUUUUUCUCUGAGUUAAACUACAACUGAAGUACUGAAAUUGAAAUACAAGUCCCUCGUCUGUAGACAAAAGUGAUUGUAUUCAAUUUUAUUUUUUUAUUUUUUUUAAAGGUCCCAUAUUGUAUAAGUGAGAUUUCCAUGUGUUGUUUGAUUAUAGAUCAGGUCUAGGUUCUAUAUCAAUGCUGUGAAAGUAUCAAAGCGCUCAGUCCACAGAAAAAUCUGCAUAGCCUGUAUUCAGAAACUGAGCCUUAAAAAGAGCCCUGAGCCCCACCCAACCGGACCCCCCAUCCAACCUUAAAAAUUUGCUUUCUCUGAGUGUUUACCUGAACUUUGCUAUAUUUUUACUCAGAAAACAGUCAGCCAAUCACAGCCUCCUCUCUUCUGAUUGGCUCACCGACCUGUUGUUACUAGAGCUCCAGAGAAAACCUGAGAGAGGAGAUGUAAAACUAAACUGAGAUGGUUUUUGGUUCUUAAAGCUCUCAUGGAUAUCAACACUUCAAAUAAAAUACAGUAAAAGUGUAAAAUAUGGGACCUUUAACAUACAGUUUUGGUGAACAUAGCAAAGCAUUUACACAUAGCAAAGAUUUUUCCCUAAAGAGUUGGUGGAGACCAAAAACAGAUAUAAAAGCGUGUGAAUACUGGACUCAUAUUUGCCAAAUUAGGGUUAGAAACAGGACCACCAAUGUUGCUGCGUGUAUCCUGGAUGUGUAAAUAGGCUCGUUAGCCAUAUCAACUUUACAAGGUAAUUUGUGCUUCUUCUCCCAAAUAGCUAAAAGUUAAUGCUGCUUCAAGGAGCUGUUAAAAAUAAAAUAAUUAAUUGGA